CUGACUUGACUAUUGAUGACAUAAUGUGGGCAAUGAGAUGCCAUGUAUAUAAAGAGUGAGUUAGCGGCUGUCUUCAUCACACAUCGCUCAGUCCCAGGUGGUCGAGUUGAAAGUGCAGAGGACACAGAAACAUGAGAGGCUUAUUAUUUCCGUUGGUUCUGCUGAGCGUCCUAAACUUGACCGCUGCCCAACUUCCAGUCAGUUUUCUGUGUUCCACUGUGCGAUGUUUGCCUGGAAAUGUCUGCAGAGUGAUCCAGCAAUGUCCCACCUGUCCACCAAGACCUGUUUGCGUUCCUUGCGUACCAAGAGGUGUGGAUGCAGUCUGUAACAAAAAUCGUUACCUCAACACUCUACUUACUGGCAACCCUUUGAUACCUAGCUCAAUAAGUGCACGAGUAUGUAACCCUUUCCAACCAAGAUCGUGUCCCUUUGACUCUGUGUGUGUAGCAGAAGGAACAGGACUUGGGAACUGCUGUUACAACCGGGCACCACCAGGUAUCCCAUCAGUCAACAGAGACCCUGUUUGUAUUGUGAACAGAUGUGGACCUUCCUGUCCAUUUGGCCAGAGGUGUGAGCUGGUGACCAUUUGUCCCUUUGUACCUCCUUGUUUCCAAGAGUACCAAUGUCGAUCAAUAUUUAUACCUUUUGGUUUGACAUCAAGUUCAGGGAAUGAUUCAUAAAUAUACUAAAUAAAUUCAUUUUCCUGACACUCGUA